AUGCAGCUCUUUCAAAAGGAGCAGCACUGCCUCUCCUGGGCCGCGCUGUGUGAUGUUUCUGGGGCAUUUAUAACAGCUUUUGUGCUGCUUCCUGGGAUGCAGGAGGAAUUAGAACUGGUGGAGGAUGUCUGGAGAGGGGAGGCGCAGGACCUUCUUACCCAAAUUGCACAGCUGCAGGAGGAGAAUAAACAACUGAUGACAAACUUGUCUCACAAAGACAUUAAUUUCACAGAAGAGGAAUUUCAGAAGCAUGAAGGAAUGUCAGAGAGAGAGCGGCAAGUCAUGAAGAAGCUGAAGGAAGUGGUAGAUAAACAGAGGGAUGAAAUCAGAGCAAAGGACCGAGAACUCGGACUUAAAAAUGAGGAUGUAGAGGCUCUUCAGCAGCAACAGAACAGGUUAAUGAAAAUCAACCACGACCUGCGGCACCGCAUCACUGUUGUUGAGGCUCAGGGGAAGGCGCUGAUCGAGCAGAAGGUGGAGUUAGAAGCUUAUCUGCAAACCAAGGAGCAGGAGAUGGGCAACCUGCGAGCAGAGCUGGGGAGACUGAGAGAAAAACUGCAGGGUGAGGACAGCCAGAACGGGGAGGAAAUAAAGGCAGAACCCAACAACGAUGACUGCCUCUCCGAGUCAGAGAAGAUGGCAUUGGACUUAAAAGAUCCAAAUCGUCCAAGAUUCACCUUGCAGGAGCUCCGGGAUGUCCUUCAUGAAAGGAAUGAAUUGAAAUCUAAAGUGUUUUUACUUCAGGAGGAGCUUUUAUACUACAAAAGUGAGGAAACAGAAGAAGAAACGAGAUCCCCUCAACCUACACCCAUAAUUCAGCCUAAACCCUCAACUCAGCCUGAAUCUGGAAUCAAACGACUGUUUAGUUUCUUCUAUCGGGAUAAGAAACGUAUGCAGGCAUCACAGAGAAAUGUCCACUUCCAGGAUACUUUUGGAGAAUGGUCAAAUUCACAUAAAGAUGACUCCUACACUGAGCAAGGACAAGAAGCCCUGCAGCACCUGUGACUAAAGCCUUGAGGUGUUCAGUUUACCACAGUAGAUCUCGACACUCUAGUAACAAGAAGCUUCUGUAACCAAAAUCUGGCAGCUCAUCACUUUCAUUUUGCCUUGUGCACCUCAGCGGAUGUGUUUCAGAUGGACUCUUCAAGAGGGGACUCCUCACUGUUUGCUUGGUGACUGUUUGCUGGAAACAGAAUCCAAGCUUUGUAGCGAACAGUUGCUGAUGCCCUGGGACACUGAAGCUUCUAAACGACUUGUUUUGUGCUGAAUAACAAGUCUGUGGUCUUGGUCAUGCAUUAACUACAGUAACACAAGCUUCUUUAAACCAAAAAAA